AUGCUCAUCUCAUGCCGGAAUCUGAAAAAUUCCCCAAACCAUCAUUCUUUUGAACAGAAACAAAUGGCGAAGCCUACAACUCCCAAUCCUGUAAAGGACAAAGAAACCCGCUUGCGUGAGCAGCAGGAAGCAGAGUCAAAAAGAGGAGCAUACAGGGACAAAAAGGAGAACACCAGAAAGCAACUUAAACAUGCCCGCAUUGAAACUCCAACUCCAGAACCCGACUCGGUAGAUUUGCCAAGGAAACGUUUUUACAGACAGAGGGCACAUUCGAAUCCAUUUUCAGACCAUAGAUUAGACUACCCAAAGGAUCCAGAUAGUAUGGAGUGGCAGAAGUUGUAUCCUCACUAUUACGAUGAAGAGACCAAAAAAAUGACCAAGAAUGUUGAGUUCGCUGACAUCGGAUGCGGUUACGGCGGAUUGCUUAUCAAAUUGGGCACAGAAUUCCCAGAUACCUUAAGUUUGGGAAUGGAGAUUAGAGUGCAAGUGACCCAGUACGUAGAGGACCGUAUCAUUGCCUUGAGAGAGCAGAACAAACAGCAGGAGCUUUACCAAAAUGUGGCAGUUUUGAGAGGAAACGCCAUGAAGUUUACACCAAACUUUUUCCAAAAGGGCCAAUUGUCGAAGAUGUUCUUUUGUUUUCCAGAUCCACACUUCAAACAAAGAAAGCACAAGGGCCAGAAUCAUCACCAAUACCUUGUUAUCUGA